AUGAAUAAUGAGUAUACCAACGACAAGUCCGCGAAUCCAGUUGGAACAGAGAAAGAUGAGAAUUUGCAGAAGAAAUCUCGAAAUAAGGAGAGCAUUCAUUCAGGCCACUUUAUGGUGUCGGAUUUUGAAGCGGAUGCUCAAGAUGAUGAAGAAAAUGUUUCCGUCCCUGUCCCAUCUGAGUCAGCUGCCUCUGCCAGCCCUGAAGGACAGUCAAAAACUGAGGAUGAGACUGUCGUCAGCGUGGAUACCUCCAGCACAUGUGCUGGUGCUGAGACACCUUCUCCAAAGAGGAAAAAUUCUCAAAACAUCCAAAUUGAUGCAGACUUGACAAAACUUUUUCAAUGCAUGACCAUUGCAUACAGUCAGAAACUGACGUCACCCAAGUGGAAUCCCUUCAAAGGUGUGAAGUUGACCUGGAAAGAUAAGAUUCGUCUCAACAACAUCAUUUGGAGGGCUUGGCAUAUGCAGUUUGUUGAGAAACGACCUGUUCGGGUGUGCCAAUUUGCUUCUCCCCUGGAUGUUGACAUUCAUACAAAACCUGAGACUGUCCUGAUGGAAGGGAAGUACUGGAAGCGCAGGGUCCCUGCUGUCUUGGCUGAGUACAAGCGUUGGCGCAUCCACUACAAGACCCAUGCUUUUCGAAGCAAAGGAUCCGACAGUUUUGAGGCUGAAAUGAGUCCAAUCAACUUGGAUAGCUUGGAUUGGAGCUUGAUGAUGAGAGGAGGGACAAGUGCAUUAGAUGAUGACCUCUUCAUGGACUUCAAUGACACUCUCUUCUCAACCCUCAUUCCCAAUCAGCCAUAUGCCUUCCCAAACCCAAGGGAGAUUGCAAGAGGAGCAGGUCUGGCAGACUUCAUGCAACCUGGUCUUGUCCCAUUCCAGCCUAAUUUGGAUGAUUAUAUGGAUACCCUGGGGUAUCAGGAACUGCUUCAAACGAGGCUGCCAUCUGUACCUGAGGAGGAGGCACAGGCAGUGGAAAUUCCAGAUUUGCAGCCCAAUGUGUCUAAUUCAAGGUCAUCUUCUGAAGACACUGCCACUGUCACCAACUCUGCCCCCCUCACUGAUCAUAUUGAAUCUUGUACAUCACUCUAUUCAGCCACUGUUGCUGCGGCAUUGGAGCAUCCAUCCUAUUGCCUGGAGACGAAGGGGGAAUCAGAAGCAGGAAUGCAGAUCAGAAGGGAGGAAGUUGAAUUGGGAGUAGGAGUGAAUGUAUUUGAACCCAGCUCAGGGCUUCAGAAUAGCAACAAUGUGGUGUUCCAUGGGACUGUAAGAGGAAGUGGGAGGCGGUCAGUGUUUGCCUCAUCUCAGCCCUUGGGGACCACCCAGAGUCCCCCAAAACAAGGAUCACCACACCCACUCAUCGCCUCAACCUCCAACCAGACUUCAAAGCCUCUCACACAUCCCCACUGCCUCCCAGGAGGGAUGGAAGAAGUCCAGUAUGGAGCUAGUUCUUCAGGACCCUCAGUUGCAGUUGGGACUGAAGGAGUAUUUGCAGUUCCUCGGGUGAAGUCUCGGAUCAGGACUCGAAGCAAUUCAUCCCCAAACCAGUAUUUUGAGCAUGUGGGUGGAGGUGGGAAAGGGAGUGAAGAGGAGAGGGGCUUCCAAGGCACAGGGACACUUUCCACUCUCCUCACUGCAGGCUCAACACCCAAUCUCCAGCAGAACACCCCUCAUCCUCAUUCUCAUCCUCUUCUCCUACAGUCAAAUACUCUCUUUCAUGUCCUCUCAUCUUCUGCCACUACAGGUGGAUAUGAGGGAGAAGGGGGGGGGCAGAAGGGGGAGACAGUGAGGAUGUACCAGCCAAUUGCUCCCAGCCCCAUUCCUGCUCCUGUUCCGUCCACCACCACCACCGUUCUCCUCACUCCAGUUCCAAAUCAGUCUCAGAAUGGCAGGGGUCUGGUCUUGUCCCAUGUCGCCACACUGGCUCCUAGCCUCAUUCACAAGGUGAUGCCAUCAAGGCAGAAUGGGGAAGGAUUUUCAUCAUCAUCAUCAUCUACGUCUUCAAUGGGAUCCAUGGGAGGCACAGGGAAAUUGGGAUCCCCAAAGGGAUUUCCACAAGUGUCUUCUCCACCUUUGACAAAGAUUGAUCAGGGUAAUCCAACCAACACCUCUCCAACCCAUCCUGGUCAACCACGAGAUCACAGGAGAGUCUGUCACAUAAAUGCUGAGCAGAAGCGACGCUGCAACAUCAAGAAUGGCUUUGACAUGCUUCAUAACCUCAUCCCCAACUUGCAGCACAGCUCUAAUGCCAAAGUUUCCAAGGCAGCCAUGUUGCAAAAGGCAGGAGAGUACAUUCGGCAGCAGAAGAGUGAGAGAUCAGAGCUCCAGCUAGAGGCUGAGAAACUACGACAGCAAAUUGAACUCCUCUCACAAGAAAUCAACAUAUGCCAGUCACAAUUGCCAGAUACAGGUGCUCCAGUCUCAACCCACCAGACCAACAAGUUGAAAGAAAUGUUCAGUGACUAUGUUCAUUCCCGCACUCUCACGGACUACAAGUUCUGGGUUGUAUCCUUUCCCUUCACUUCUCAUCACUGUAAGAUAUGUCCAAUGCCCACUUAUUCUAUUACCCUGGAGUACAGAGAAGUAGAGCAGCAGUCUGCACAUAGUUUCAGUCGGUUGAUGGAACCAUUGGUGGAGUCAUUCAACAGCAGCGUUUCCACAUCGACUGUUGAGGACCUCACUCGCACUACCCUGUCUUGGGGUGAGCAGCACUGCUCCCUCAUCUCUCUCAGACCUGCGACUGUACCAAUCAUAGGCAGUGCUCUUGGACACAGUGUCCGGGCCAAACGCGGUAUUGAUGUCAGCGAUGGAAUUGGCUGCCUUCUUCUUGAUUCGGAAGUCAUAAAGAAGAAGCAGGCGAACUUGCUCCUUAGUACUCUCCUUCAUUUCCCAUGCCUUAGGCAAGCAGCCUCCAACUGCAAAGAACAGAUCCUGGAUACACAGCAAAGACUAAAAUGGUUCUUCCAAUCACGAGAUGAACACUUUACUGAGCGAAGGACAAGCGGUGGUGAUGAAGGCUUUGCAAGAUUCCAAGAUAUUGGACUUGGGCCAAUGUGA